CUGAAGCCUGCUCCGGUCAGCGUGGGGACGGCCUCUCUGGAUCCUCUGGUGCUCGUGAAGAGGAAGAGGAGGAGGAGGAGGAGGAAGAUCUGGUGAUGAUUCCCUCUCCCAUGGCCAGCCCCCCCAUCCGCUACGCCUCCUGCACCUCCCUCAACUCCACAACUGACACUGACCCGGAUGGCGGCGCCGAGGAAGAUGAAGAGGAUGGGGACGAAGAAGAAGGCGGCUUCCUGCGCCUGGACGCCUGCUCUCUGGAGGAGAGUUGGUUUGUCACCCCCCCGCCCUGCUUCACCGGCCGCAGCAGACAGCCCGUCCUCCUGGAGACCAGUCCUCUGGAGAACCUGCUGAUCGAACACCCCAGCAUGUCCGUCUACACCCACCACAGCCCUCCCCGACUGACCAUCGACCCCCUGCCACGCUCACUGGACCGAGAGCUGGACUUUUUGUCCGGCAACAUGCCCGCGACCCAGACAGCUUCAGGUGGGAAGGAGAAGGCGAGACGCACGCUGGACGCCCCGCGCCACAG